GGGGGGGGGGCAUCCAUCCAUUGGUUUGCCUGCAUUCUAGACACACUGAAGACCUAGGCUACCCCUUUGCCUUGCAUUUAUUAUAUUUUGUGUGCAUUGAAAACAUGAUACGUAAAAAGAAAUCUGAUCCAUAAGUGGGAUAUUAGACUUAAUUUGUAUUUUUUUUUUUUUAACACGUGAACACCUGUUAAUAACAUCACAUGGCUGACUGAUGGAUGAAAUCACUCAGCGCAAUAGGAGCAAUAUGGUAUUCUCUCUUCUACAGAAAUGAGCAUAUUGUCCAAAAAUUGCAUUUUAACGAGCACUUCUCAGUGUUAAGUGCUGAAUCCCAGACCCUCUUUGCAAGCCUUCGCUUCAGUGAUCCGAUUCUGCUUUCCAGCACAGGUCUCGCGCUUAUUGGCUGACAGAUCAGACUGCUGCGCCACACACUGCCACUGAACCAGCUCAUUACCCAAAUAAUGACUGUCGCACCAUCUCGGUUGCAGUGUCUUGUUAUAUACCCAACAGACACAUUUGUGACCAGUCAGUGCUAGAACAUUGGGUACUAGAGUGCGCGUGGAUGUUAGAUAUGAUAUGUUCUCUACAGAAAGAGAUCAAGUUGUGCUCCCUACAUUGUGAUGGCACCAAUUAAUUACAUUGCUUUGUUAACUUGCAGAAUCCAUAUGUAAUGCCAUGGAAUUUGGGUCUGGGAUUCGGAACCUGUCCAAUAUGGUCAUUUCUGGACAAUUAUUUAUAUCCAUUAGGUGACCCAUUUUGCCUCGAGCAACCCAGGAGUGAUAGGUUCUUAUGGGGAGAUUAAUUGGUAUUGCUUGCCUCUUCAUCUCGCCUCCUUUUGAGGAAGGUCAAAAGGUAAUCGAGGGGAGGAAACGUAGAAACAAAAGCACUUGUGUUAAAUUACUCCUUGUCCGCUAGCGCGUCAUCAUACAAAUACAUUUUUUACAGAGAAGGAAUCCCAAAAUAUGAGUAGUGGUCAAAAUAAAUGUAGCUAGUUGUGCCAGACAUUUUAGAGAUUAAAAAUGAUAGGGUACUUAUCUUUUUUAACAUGCACAUGCUUUUCUAAUCCGAUAUAAUAACCACGCUGUUUCAAAGGGGGUGAGGUAGAUUUCAAAACUCUUGCGCAUCCUCCGCCAGAGGAGGUAAUUGAGGAGAGGAGCAAACUUCUCCGUUCGCCUAUUAAUGAAUUUACACUUCUACAUAUGGCUUUCAGUUUCCGGGUAACGGAGGAUGGACUUUUAUCCAAUUGAGAAUCUCCCAUUGCCUCCUCUUGUAUAGUCUCUUUAGCUUUAAAGGGGAGUUCAAAUAAUUUAAAAUGGUAGAAUAGUAGUUGCCUUUGUCUACAUAAUGACUUAGGGCUCUAUUUGAUCUGAAGCGUUAUAGAUUCUGCUAUAGAAAAUUAAAGCCAGUGUUUACUGUGAAUGCACUCACCGCUAAAACAGGAGCAUUGCCUUUAAAAUUCAAAUCACGGAUUUCAGUGAUGCGGAUUGAAUAGAGCCCUUAAAGCCUCUUGUCCUCAGAGACAGGUUUCUGUCCACAUGCAUGAAUGACCUUACAAAACUGGAUUUGUAUUGUUAGAUGCUGACAUAUUACUUAGAUCAAAGGGUAAUGUUGUUGGAUUUCGGGCAUUUUAAGUGAGAAAUAAAUAAGUUAAAAAACAGCACAUAUCCCUGACCUAACAAGUAUAAUAAGAUAUUUAAGUUCGGCUGACUUAAAGGGCCAUGGGAAGCUAACGUGGACCCCAUAGAACCAUUUCAUUACCUCCACCCUCUGUUGUAAAUACAAUUUUGUUUAAAACCACAGUAGGGUCACACACCAUAUAGUAAUGUUCAAUUUGCAAGUGGAGCUGAAAAGGGGGUUGUUGAUUGCAAUGUGUAUUAAAGGGGUUUAUAAAUCAAUUUCAUUGAUGUUUUCAUUGUCGUAGAAUGGUUUAUAAACAAAUUAUGCAUUCGAUCACAAAUGUUUAGGUAUGCUAUAUAGUAUCAUGGAAUGUCAUUCCAUAAUAACACUAUAAUUUACUUUGUGCAGGUCUCCCUCUUUGCUCCGUUUUUAAUUGGUCAUGUGUUACACAGUCCUCCUAUGAGGACGUUGGUGUACAGAUGUGUGAAAGGAGAGUAAGCGUUUCGCAAACAUUUGAGUGUUUUCUCUGCUUCUGGCCUUUUUUCCCUCCUGAAAAUACAGUCAAUAUUUUAUGUAUGUGUUUCUGGUGUUUUGUUUACUUGAAAGAGCCAUGCAUUUUCUCCAUUGUUUACAUUUAGUUUGUGGCCCACUCUGUGAAGGAAAAGGUGUUUAACAGUUUUUAUAGACCCCCACCCCAGAAAAUAAUAGUAAUCGAAUACGUCAGCCACUCACACAGUAUAGACUUCCGAUCACUGUCCAUGGUGCUGAAAUUGCUACUUUUAUGCGGCUGCUUAUCGAAUUGAUGAUAGGCUUUCUGUGGUGCCAGGGCAUGUAGCCUAUAGCUUUUCUUUAGCUAAUGGAGAAGCUAUUCACAGUGUCGUAAUGCUGGCUGGCGGCAAUAAUGUAAUUACUUGUUAAGUAAUUAAAGUUGGAUUUAAAAAAAUAAAAAAUAAUACUUUUUACACAUUCUCCUCCCCAAUUUUCGUGAUAUCCAGUUGGUAGUUAGUUGUGUCCCAUUGCUGCAACUCCUGUAUGGUCUAGGGAGAGGCGAAGGUCGAGAGCCAUGCGUCCACCGAAACACGACCCUGCCAAGCCGCACCAAUGUGUUAGAGCGCGAUGGGACAAGGACAUCCCGGCCGGCCAAACGCUUCCCUAACCUGGAUGACGCUGGGAGAAUUGUGCGUCGCCUCAUGGGUCUCCCGGUCACGGCCAGCAUGGGUCGCCUCAUGGGUCUCCCGGUCACACAGCCCGGGAUCAAACCCGGAUCUAUAGUGACUAGCGACGCCUCAAGCACUGCCUUAGACCACUGCGCCUCUUGGGAGGCCCAUAAAGUUGGAAAUUCAAACAAUGUAGAUUGUAAAAUAAAUGUCAUGCAACAGCAUACUAAUCAGCUACUGUACCAAUUGUCCUGUAUAGCAUAUCUGAACCUGCAUGACAUAAGCCGUCCUCGCGCUCUCGCCCAGCUUCCAUAGAAAGGUGUGGUGCAUAAAACAAGUCUAACGCCAACCAAUAGUCAGUCCACCCUCAAAGCACUAGCUUGCUAGGGAUUAUUUCAUUAUGCAGUGUAGCCUACUAUCUAUAUAGCUAUAUAAAGUAUUAAGCUGCUAUAUUAAAAUGACAUCAAAUAGCCUAAAAAUUAUCCUGAAGUGUUUCCUUUUGUGUUUCUUUCUCUUAGAAAUACGUUUGUGUCUUUGCUCUUUUUUUCCCCUCCUACGUGGAGAGCUACAUUAUGCGACUGCAUUGCCUUACAUUUUUCUGUGCAAAUGUUUUCACUACGGCCUGUAGGCCUAGGUUGCGGUCCCAACUUUUCUAUAACAAUUAUUGAUAACUGUGUUUUUUGAUCAGUUUAAUAACAUGCUUAGGGAAUGUGAUUUUGGAAAGAGGUCAUCAUAAUGGGAGAUUUUAAUAUUAUGAAGACAAGUCUUGUAGGAAAACCCUGAAAUGGAUCACUAACACCUUUGACCUUUCACAGCUAGUUAAAGGGUGACUUGUUGCUCUAAAACACAGAUUGAUUUGGUGUUCAGUAAUAAACCAUUCAAUAUGGUUACUGGGCUAUCUGAUCAUAAUCUGACACUUAUAGCCAGAAAGCUGUCUAAGAGCAGGUUUAACCUCUCUACUGUUAGAAAGCCGGAUCAACUAAGAAUAAUUAAGAGUGAAUUAAACUAUUUUGAAAACGCAAUUAAGGGAAUUAACUGGAAUGACGUGGAAGCUGAUAGUCAGGUUUUUCUAUCCACAAUCCAGACUACAAUAAAUGGUUUCCUAAAGAAAAUCAAAUCCAAACCUGGCCAAAAGAGCACUCUUCCUUGGCUAAAUGGAGAAAUCUGGAAAUUGAUGAAAGAACGAGAUUAUGCUCUAAAAAAUAGCCCUAAAAUCCAAAUUAGAGCAUGACAGACGUAGGUUUACCAUGUUGAGAAAUAAGGUGAUGAAAGAAAUCACAGGCCAAGGCAAACUUUUAUUAUUAAAAUAAUUGGUGAAGCAAAGGGAAAUUCUAAAUUGAUCUGGGAGAAUCUAAAAAAGUUAACAGGGAAAGACCAUAGUAACACUGCAAAAAGACUAGAAAUCAUGGUGAGUAACAAUCUAACACAGGAUGCAGUUGAAACAGCAAUAGCCUUCAAUUCCUACUUUAUUGACUCUGUCAGGGUACUGACACAGAACCCCUCCACUGGUUUCUUGGGCUCGGUGCUAGUAAAUAACACUAAACCUGUCUUCAUCAUAAGGGAGGUUUCUGAGUCAAAGGUGAACAAGGUGAUUAGCUCACUAAAGAACUCUAAAGCCAAAGAUGUGUUUGGGCUGGACUCUACCUUUCUUAACUACAGAGUCACUCAUUGGCCCCAUAACUAAGGUCACCAACACAUCUAUUGGUCUCGGGGUGUUUCCAAGGGUAUUGAAGUCGGCCAUAAUAACGGCUAUCUUUAAAUCGGGCGACCCUGCUGACGUGAGUAACUACAGGCCCAUUAGUAUACUACCUGUGGUGUCAAAGGUUGUUGAAAAGUGUGUAGCAAAACAACUGAUUGCCCACCUCAACAGCCCCUUCACAUUGCAGUUUGGCUUCAGAGCGAAACACUCUACAGAAACGGCCAACUGCUUUCUUCAGGAAAAUGUGAAGUCCAAGAUGGACAAAGGGGGUGUUGUUGGGGCUGUGUUUCUGGACCUAAGGAAGGCUUUUGAUACUGUUAACCAUGAGAUUCUCAUCACAAAAUUGUCCAAGUUCAACUUUUCCCCCGAUGCCUUGAGAUGGAUGAAAUCAUACCAUGAAGGCAGAACUCAGUGUGUCAGAGCUAUGAUGUGGGCGUGCCCCAAGGGUCAAUACUGGGGCCCCUCCUGUUCAGCCUGUACAUUAAUGCCUUCUGUCUGUACUGGGUCUGAAGUUCAAAUGUAUGCAGAUGAUACAGUGAUAUGUGCAUGCAAAGAGCAAACAACAAGCUGCACUAGAACUCACUACUGUAAUGGUCCAGGUUACAAAGUGGCUCAGUGACUCGUGUUUGCAUCUCAAUGUGAAAAAAACUGUUUGCAUGUUCUUCACAAAGAGGGCAACAGAUGCUACUGAGCCAGAUGUCUAUGUGUCGGGGAGAAGCUCCAGGUGGUAUCUGAUUUUAAGUACCUUGGCAUCAUACUUGAUUCCAACCUCUCUUUUAAAAAGCAUGUGAAAAAGGUAAUUCAGAUAACCAAAUUCAACCUAGCUAAUUUCCAAAUUUAUACGGAAUUGUUUGACUACAGAGAUAGCAAAACUGUACUUCAAAUCUAUGAUACUCCCCCACUUAACAUAGUGCUUGACUAGUUGGGCCCAAGUUUGCUGUACAACAUUAAACCUAUUCAGUCUGUCUACAAACAGGCUCUCAAAGUGCUUGAUAGGAAGCCCAAUAGCCAUCAUCACUGUUACAUCCUCAGAAAGCAUGAGCUCCUGAGUUGGGAAAAUCUUGUGCAAUACACCGACACAUGUCUUGUAUUCAAGAUCCUAAAUGGCCUGGCUCCCCUCCACUCAGUAUUUUUGUUUAACAGAAAACCCAAACAUAUGGCAGCAGAUCCACAAGGUCUGCCAUGAGAGGUGACUGUUAGUAAAUCCGCUUUCUCUGUGAGAGCUUCCCAUGUCUGGAAUACACUGCCAUCAGACACACAUCACACUUUCACAAAAUGCAUGAAGACAUGGCUAAAGGUCAAUCAGAUUUGUGAACAUAAUCCCUAGCUGUGUAUUGCCGCUUUCCAUGUUGUCUUGUCAGUAGCUUGUAAAGUGUGGAAACACUUUGUUGCUUUUAUGAAUUUUGUCUUGCUGCUUUUUGUUCUAUGUUGCUCUGUCUGUAUGCUACGGCUUGCUUGUCCUAUGUUGCUCUGUCUGUAUGCUACGUCUUGCUUGUCCUAUGUUGCCCUGUGUGUGCUCACUGCUCAAUGAUUGUCUAUAUUGUAAUUGUUUUUAAUAACCUGCCCAGGGACUGCGGUUGAAAAUUAGCCGGCUGGCUAAAACCGGCACUUUUACUGAAAUGUUGAUUAAUGUGCACUGUCCCUGUAAAAAUAAAAUAAACUCAACUCUUUCCUGAGACACUAUGCAUUAUAUUGUGCAAGUGUUCCAAAGCGUUGCUGGCCUAUGUUGACUCUAAUGCUUCCCACAGUUGUCAAGUUGGCUGGAUGUCCUUUAGGUGGUGGACCAUUCUUGAUGCACAUGAAACUGUUGAGCAUGAAAAACCCAGCAGCGUCUGGCACCUACUACAAUACCCCGUUCAAAGGCACUUAAAUGUUUUGUCUUGCCCAUUCACCCUCAAUGUCACAUAUACACAAUCCAUGCCUCAACUGUCUCAAGGCUUAACAAUCUUUCUUUAACCUGUCUCCUCCCCUUCAUCUACACUGGUUUAACAAGUGACAUCAAUAAGGGAUCAAAGCUUUCACCUGGUCAGUCUGUCAUGGAAAGAACAGGUGCUCAUAAGGUUGUGUACUCAGUGCAUGUCCAUUGCGCUGCACGCUAAGGUAUACCAGAGACUGUUGAUAUUGCAACCACUAAACUCAAGCGCCGGUUCACCAGUAUGAACGAAAUCGGAAACCGCUUGUUUUGUUUGAGCCCUCAAGAACUGUUGUCCGCUAAAGAUGAUCAUCUGUUUGCAUCUGCCACUUUAUUGGCUGUCCAGUAUCCAAACGACCUGUCCCCAGAGCUUCCUAUACAGUUCAUUGGUUUCUGUAACGUGGUGAGGCCGGCAAUUAAGAAUAAUGAGAGGCUCAAUUAAAGAUGUUUCAGAACUGCUUAUUUGAAGUUUCCCUGAUGUUGCUAUGGCAAUCAUACUGUUUUUAACCAUCCCUGUAACUUGCUUCUGCUGCGAGACCAUUUUCUCAACUAAAACGUAAGAACUAGGCCUACCUAAGAAGCAUUAGGCUCUCGGUCUGAUAUGCACUUUUGUAUUGCUGCCACUCAAACAAAUAUUUUUUUAUAUAAUUAUUACGAGAUAAGCUCACGUUAUUUCGAAAUAAUUCUUAUGAGAAAGAUGUCAAAACGAAAUAAUCCAGUUGCAUGUCAUGAGAAAUAGCCUUUUAUGCUGAAACGCUAGCAUAGGGUACUUGGCAAGCAAGGCAUCCUCUCAUGCACAGGUUGACAUUAUGGCUGGUUUGCUUGAGUUAAUCAACUUUUAUUUUCUCCUCCGUUUGAGGCAUUGGGAGAUAUGUGUCGUUGAGCAAUAUAGAUGGUGUUGUAAUUAGUUUACGGAGAAUUCUGAGUUCCAGGCUCUACAGCAGACGGAAAAAACUAAUCUGACCUCCUUGACCGACAUGGGAAGCUUCAUGGAAACAAACUGAUGUGGGAUAUAUGGUUACCCAAAAUGCAGUCUGGUGUUCACAUCAUAUUCUAGGCCCCCAUGGAGUGCGUAUUUGGGCGAAAGUCUUACUUUCACAACCAUGAUGACAGAGGAACAUCUUAGGUAGGUGUCCUUUUUGUCUUGUAAUUUCACAUUUGGAAGGAGCAUUGAAAUAAUUAGCUAGCAUGAUAUAAUUUCUAGAACAGACAUAUCUAGCUAGCAAGCUAUAUGAAUGAUGCACUGAAAUUAACUACUCGAGGGAGAUCACUAUGAUAGCUAUUCUCAAGAACAAGCAAGCCCCUACCUGAGAAGCAUGUCUGCAAUGCAUCAAGCAUUCUACUCAAUGUAUUGUCAAUGAGCGCUGAUUAUCAAAAGUGCAUUAUAGUAGCUUGGAAAUAAAAUGAUAUUGCAAAAGGAGGCAUAAAAUUAGUAAGAAAACCUUUUGACAUCAUCAGAUUGACAGUAUAACUAACCCAAGAUUAGACCACAGCCUGUAAUUUCCAAUGUGAACAAAUGGGUCAUAGUGGCCAGAACAAACAAGGAGGGGGGCAGAGACGUGCACGAGCUAGCGAGAGCCUAUUGGUGCAUUCUAGCAUGUACAGUAUUUGCAUAUUUCCAUAUUAACCCUUGCACUCCUAAACUUAAAUUAUUUUCUUUUGGCAAAGGGUCACAUCUACAAAAUAUAGUCCACUCUGUAACAGAUUCUAGUGUUGGGAAAGGAAAACGGUAUUAAGAUCAAAUGUUUCAUCAAUUAAAAAAUGUGCAUAAUGCCAGGUAAAACGGACUAUUUCUCAGGCUCAGAUAUUAGAAUAUGCAUAUAAUUGAGGGGACAUCACCGGAUGUUAGCUAGCUAACAUUCCUAGCUAUUUUUGACAAAAAAUUGUCACCCCUCCCUAGGAUGUCUGGAGAAUUUUGUACUGCAAAAAUGGGUUGAAUGGUCCGCUGGAAGUGAUUUUGAUUGGAUGUUACAUUUAAAGAACCCCCCUCCCCCCACACGCCCGUAGAAGGUGUGCUGUGUGUUAUAUAAAGUUGAAGUCGGAAGUUUACAUACACCUUAGCCAAAUGCAUUUAAACGCAGUUUUUCACAAUUCCCGACAUUUAAUCCUAGUAAGAAGUGCCUGUCUAAGGUCAGUUAAGAUCACCACUUUAUUUUAAGAAUGUGAAAUGUCAGAAUAAUAGAGUGAUUUAUUUCAGCUUUUAUUUCUUUCAUCACAUUCCCAGUGGGUCAAAAGUUUACAUACACUCAAUUAGCAUUUGUUAGCAUUGCCUUAAACAAUUUAAACUUGGGUCAAACGUUUAGGGUAGCCUUCCACAAGCUUCCCACAAUAAUUUGGGUGCAUUUUGGCCCAUUCCUUCUGACAGACCUGGUGUAACUGAGUCAGGUUUGUAAGCCUCCUUGCUCGCACACGCUUUUUCAGUUCUGCCCACAAAUUUUCUAUGGGAUUGAGGUCAGGGCUCUCUGAUGGCCACUCCAAUACCUUGACUUUGUUGUCCUGAAGCCAUUUUGCCACAACUUUGGAAGUAUGCUUGGGGUCAUUGUCCAUUUGCAACCAAGCUUUGACUUCCUGACCGAUGUCUUGAGAUGCUGCCUCAAUAUAUUCACAUCAUUCUCCUUCCUCACGAUGCCAUGUAUUUUGUGAAGUGUACCAGUGCCUCCGGGUUGGGAUGGUGUUCUUCGGCUUGCAGGCCUCCCCCUUUUUCCUCCAAACAUAACGAUGGUCGUUUUUUCUGAGCAGCCUUUCAGGUUGUGUCGAUAUAGGACUCGUUUUACUGUGGAUAUAGAUACUUUUGUACCUGUUUCCUCCAACAUCUUCACAAAGUCCUUUGCUGUUGUUCUGGGAUUGAUUUGCACUUUUCGCACCAAAGUACGUUCAUCUCCAGGAGACCGAACGUGUCUCCUUCCUGAGCGGUAUAAUGGCUGCGUGGUCCCAUGGUGUUUAUACUUGCGUACUAUUGUUUGUACAGAUGAACGUGGUACCUUCAGGCGUUUGGAAAUUGCUCCCAAGGAUGAACUAGACUUGGAGGUCUACAAAUUUGUUAGGGCUGAUUUCAUUUGAUUUUCCCAUGAUGUCAAGCAAAGAGGCACUGAGUUUGAAGGUAGGUCUUGAAAUACAUCCACAGGUACACCUCCAAUUGACUCAAAUGAUGACAAUUAGCCUAUCAGAAGCUUCUAAAGCCAUGACAAUUUUCUGGAAUUUUCCAAGCUGUUUAAAGGCACAGUCAAUUUAGUGUAUGUAAACUUCUAACCCACUGGAAUUGUGAUAAAUUAUAAGUGAAAUAAUCUAAUAUGUCUGUAAACAAUUGUUGGAAAAAUUACUUGUGUCAUGCACAAAGUAUAUGUCCUAACCGACUUGCCAAAACUAUAGCUUGUUAACAAGAAAUUUGUGGAGUGGUUCAAAAACGAGUUAAUGCUCCAACCUAAGUGUAUGUAAAUGUCCGACUUCAACUGUAAGUCACCGUCCGGGUAGGACACAUUUUGUAGAGAAUUGAUGCAUAUGCUCAUUUCAAGUUAUCAAAUGUGGCCGACAGUCUGCAAUUCAUAUUUAUUGAAAGUGGAUUAUGCUGGUGAAGUCAAACGUCACAACAGGUUCUAAAACCGCUCUUGGUUCUAUUUUUUGACACGCUGCAAGUCCCGCCUCUCCCAUCUCCUCAUUGAUUUUUAGAAGCAUAUACCCACGUGGGUGAUUUUAAGAUGAACUGAGGUCCACACUCCAGUCCAGUUGGUGAUGGUAAUGCACCUUAAAGUUGGUUGCAACCGCCAUAUAAAGUCCAAGAAGAAGACCGAACGAGGAAAGAUUACUAGAAACUAACUCAUUUUACCCUUUUAUCUGUGGAGUAAUUGUCAGAGUAGAGGACCUUGUGCAUUUCAGGUAAAAUAGCAACCCAAUGUUUAAAUUCUAUGAAAAAUUACCUAGCAACAGCAAGCUAGCUAAAUGGCCCUGAGUGUUUCAUGUGUUUCGCUCUUUCCCCAAAUUAAUUUAGUUGCUUCAGAGUUCGUUUUGAUAUUUCAACAUGCGUGUCCUGAUCGUGUCUGGUGUGAAUGGACAAAAUCGACAUGCACAUGCAGACGCGGACGCUCGCCCAGUCUAGUCGGCAUGUAAUGAAGCCUGUUUUUUGUCCUCAGAUAUGGAAAGCUGUGAGACUGUUUGCAGCUGAAGAGAGGUCCCAAUGAAAAAAUCUAAUCAAACUAUUUGUCACAUGCACCGAAUACAAGUGUAGACCUUACCGUGAAAUGCUUACUUACAAGCACUUAACCAACAGUGCAGUUCAAGAAGAGUUAAGAAAACAUUUACCAAAUAGAAAUUAUUUAACUUUUGCUUAAGUAACACAAUAACAUAACAAUUGUGGAAGGAUCACCAGAGGGCAGGCUGGGCUCACGGAUAGUAGCCCAACAAGGCAUGGGAGACAAGGUAACCAGAGGCAAUUAAGCACAGCUGACGGUACUAAUGACAUAUUCCCCUUCCCCUAUAAGAGAGAGUAUGGAACCAGCAGAGAUGGGGAAAAUAGCUCCUCUGCCACCGAGAUAGAGGAGCUAUCCAUGAAGAACCACUAAGACGGUGACAAUCCCGUGACUUUUGUUGUAGUUUAAAGAUAACCGUAUUGUGUUCCUGUUUGAUCUGGAGAAGAAGAUGUAUGUUUUUUUUCCUUGGGAGAUUUUCAUUGAUUAUGUUGGAGUGUUUGUGUUGACCAAAUGCCCUCAAUAGAGAACUGUGUUCAAUCAAGAAAACCUACUCCUGACUCGUUUGUUCCACCUUUCCGCUUUAGAGUGACGCCCAAUUACUUGGUCCGCUCACACAAUAAUGAGGCUAUAUACAGGGGGUACUGGGACCGAGUCAGUGUGCGGGGGUACAGGUUAGUUGAGGUAAUUUGUACAUGUAGGUAGGGGGAAGUGACUAUGCAUAGUUAAUGAACAGCGAGUAACAGCAGUGUACAAAACAAAUGGAGAGGGGGGGGGUCAAUGUAAAUAGUCCGGUGGCCAGUUGAUUAAUUUUUCAGCAGUCUUAUGGCUUGGGGGUAGGAGCUUUUAGGUCCUAGACUUGGCGCUUUGGUACCGCUUGCGGUGCGGUAGCAGAGAAAACAGUCUAUGACUUGGGUGACUAAAAUCUCUGACAAUUUUAUGUGCUGUCCUCUGACACCGCCUAUUUUAUAGGUCCUGGAUGGCAGGAAGCUUGGCCCCACUGAUGUACUGAGCCGUACGCACUACCCUCUGUAGCACGUUACGGUCAGAUGCCGAGCAGUUGCCAUACCAGGCGGUUAUGCAACCGAUCAGGAUGCUCUCGACGGUGCAGCUGUAGAAUUUUUUGAGGAUCUGGGGACCCAUGCCAAAUCCUUUCAGUCUCCAGAGGGAGAAAAGGUUUUGUCGUGCUGUCUUGGUGUGUUUGGAUCAUGAUAGUUUGUUGGUGAUGUGGACACCAAGGAACUUGAAACUUUCGACCCGCUCCACUGCAGUGCCGCCUUGGAAUUCAAUGUCCCGAUUGACAUUUCCAUACAGGAUUUACCCCAGUCUUUUACCCAAAAGCUCAGACUUUUCUGUUUCCAUCUACGCAGGCCGGCACACCCGUUUCACUGAGCCAUGGAUCCAGCGGACCUGCUCUCACUUGGGGCCAAAGCCAGGCCACUGGUACUAUAUGCCAUGGGUUAUAUGUGGAGGCCUACCUAUGUUAGCACAUGUUGUAUACACAAAAACAGUUAAACAACACACACAAUGUAUAAACCUAUUAGAAUUGGAGUAGGCCAACCUUGCUGGAUGUCAGCUGGGUGUGCAGGGUUCUGUCUCAGCCCAGCAAUAACACACCUGAUUCAACUUAUCAAAUCUAAUGCGUUGAUAAUCAAGUGGGCUAUUGCUGGGCUGGAAUAGAAGUCUGCUCACCCAGUAGAUCAGGGAUCAGUGGAGCAAUGUUGGCUACCGCUGGUAUAGAGAUUUUUUUGUUCAUCUGAAAUUAUGCUUUAGUAAUAAUAGCAUACGUGUUACUACUCAAUUAUCUAUUGUUGUAUAGACAAAGAUGUCUAAUCUUUACAUACAACUUAUCUUAUUUGUACGUUUUGAAGUGUUGAAUCUUUGAUGUGAAGUGUUAAAAUUGUUAAACUAUUUAAAAUGAACUAGUGUCAAUGUUGAUUAAUCACAUUCCUGCAAAAAAGAGGGGAAGGGGUUCUGUGUCUGUAUUCUCAAAUUAACAUUUCCUUUUUGACUAUUUGUAAGAACACCAAGCUGGGUUUUUUUGUCACUGUCUCAGUAUAUCAGCUAUCUGAAUCCAUAUAACAGCUUAUGAUAAUAUUACGGCAUGCAUGGCAUGCAUUGCCCCCGAGGGGUGCACGUUUUGGUUUGACCACGUCAUUUGUUCAUCAAAUAUCUGCGACUCCUACAAAACCAUCCACCACCCCCACUUCGGCCAAUCAGAUCACAUCUCGGUACCUACUCCCCGCCUACAAGCAACAACUCAAGAGGGAGCCACCAACACAGAGAAUAGUGAGGUGCUGGACAGAGGAGGCAGACUUAAUGCUGCAAUCAAAAGAUUGUUUUGAGAAUACUGAUCGACUUUGGUCACAUCUGAAAAUAUGGCGACGUACUGGAUGGCCGCCGUUUUGCUAGCGCAGACCCAAGUUCGCUAUUUUGUGAUUUAUUUCGUACUUUAUUUUUUCAAUCUAUCCGCUACUAUUUCUUACAACCGAUAUUAACUUUUGAAAAUCAGAUCGGCAGUUACCUCAAUUCUGGCUUCAACUUCGACUCAUCUGCCCUGGGCUCUUUCUGUAAUUCCAACCCAAGAGGAAAUUUGACGUUAGAAGCAGGAGAGGGGGGAUUCCUGCAAGAUUAAGGUGAAGGGAGAACCGUCCACCUCUUCCCUCCAUUCUACUUGCCAGUCACUUGAUAAUAAGAUGGAUGACCUCCGAUUGCAGAUUUGCUAUCAACAGGACUCUCAAACGACAAUAUUCUCUGCUUUUCUGAAACAUGGCUCUUGGACAAGAUAUCCCCCAUGGCUAUCCAACUCAAAUGUUUAAUUAACCACGCUGACAGGACAGUGGAGUCUUGGAAAUCGAGGGGAAGGGGUUUGCCUCUUCAUCAACAACUGGUGUGCUGACUCGAGAAUGGUGGAAGUGUCGACCCAUUGUUCACCCGUCUUGGAAUAGCUGAUGGUCAAAUGCCGACCCUUUUACCUCCUGAAGGAUUUUUCAGCUGUUAUCGUGACUGUUGUACACAUUCCAUCUCAGGACAAGAAGAAUUAUGAACUGGCACUUAAACUGUACGAGGCUAUAACUUUUCUGGUUGCCGGCAAUUUUAAUUCCACGUCAUUAAGAUACGUGAUGCCCAACUUCCAUAAACACGUCUACCUUGCCACUAGGGGCAAUAAAGUCGUAGACCACUAUUAUUCUACCCACAAGCAAGCAUACAAGGCCCUCCCACAUCCGCCAUUUGGAAAAUCAGAUCGUGACUCUGUACUCCUGCUUCCUGUUUACAAACAGAAACUCAAACAGAAAUUACCUGUGACUCGCUCCGUUGAGAAAUGGUCUCCAGAAUUAGAUAUACAACAGGACUGCUUUGCUCGCGCUGUUUGGAUUAUGUUUCAGGACUCCACCGAUAACAUUGACGAGCUAACCACCUCCGUCAAUGGCUUCAUUAGGAAAUGCAUUGGCGACGUUGUCCCCACAGCUAAGGUUCGCUGCUUCCCCAAUCAAAAUCUUUGGAUUAACACUGAGGUUGGCACUAAACUAAAGGAUAGGGCUACCGCACACAGGGCUUUCACAGACAACCCUGAGGCUACAGCUGAGGACAGGAACAAGUACUGCUAUGACCUACUCACAAUACUCACCAAGACAACAGCUGAGAUGGCAUCCCUGGCUGUGUCCUCAGAGUGUGUGCUGACAAGCUGGCGGGUGUCUUCUCAUAUAUCUUCAACCUGUCUCUGUCCCAGACAGUUACGCCAGUUUAAAUGUUAUGCCAGUUAAAGGGCUCUGGGCUAUUCCUGUUGAUGCACUGGUCUAAGAGUAAAAUAAUCAGGUAGCUUUUGAGUGGACAUUGUUACUUUUUGCUUUAAGGAGACCACCAUUGUCCCAGUGCCAAAGAAAAACAAGGUGACAUGCCCAAAUGACUUUCACCCAGUCGCACUCACCUCGGUCAUCAUGAAGUGCUUCGAGAGGUUGGUCAUGGCUCACAUCAAGUCAUGCAUGCCAGACACACUGGACCCACUCCAAUUUGCCUACUGUUCCAACAGAUCCAUGGAAUAUGCCAGUUCCAUCGCCAUUCACACGGCUGUAACACAUCUGGACAAGAGGAACACCUAUGUGAGAAUGCUGCAAGCUCGACAAGCUCAGAUCCCUGGGUCUGGACAACACCCUCUGCAACUGGAUCCUGGACUUCCUGAUGGGCAUCCCACAAGCGGAUAUGAAUUCCUCUGACCAUAGGGAAAACUCAGAUGGCGAAAUGCUUGAGAUAGAGCGAGAACCCAUUCAAGACAUCAAGACGGAGACAGAUGAAUGUACAAUUAGUGAGACAACUGAAGGACCCCGAAGAUGGUACCUUGGAACUAGUGAGGCCACCAGGAAACGUACUGCCAAGGACAUGGGCUGUGACGCACACAAUUCUGAAUUGCUUCAGUCUACCAGCGGGAAAAGAGUCAGGGUCUCUAGUGAGGCAGGGCGGCGCUUGCUGAGGAGAUUGUCUGAAGAGACCACGAGGCCACAAUCCCUCUGCCUGACAUCUGCGGAGAAGGACCCUGCCCAGGAGAAGACUAUAGCCUCUUACAGGAAGCCUCUCUACAGCAUCUCUCACAGAAUCACAGAGAAGAAGCACACAUCAAGCCUGGACCAGCAGGCUCAGCAUGAUGGAGGAGUGCAGCUAAGCUACAGCAAUCUCUUAUCCCCUCAACUGGUCAAUACAGGGGAGCACAGCCGAAGUGAACCCCUCUCUGCCCUGGGGGCAGCAGGGUCCAUGUCUUCAACAGACUCUAAUCUAUACUCCCUCAUUGAGAAGAUGUUUUUCAUCCUCAAUACGCUCAACUCAAGCAUGACCCAACUGCACAGCAAGGUGGAUCUACUUUCCCUGGAGGUCACUCGCAUCAAAAAACAGAUCAAACCCUCAGAGAUGGCAACUGAGUUCCAGCCUCCUCCAGAAUACCUGUUGACAAGUGAGGAGCUGAGUCAACUGAUGGAGCAGACAUCAAAUGCUGGCGAGUUGGGUUGUCGACUGCUAGUACAUCUCUUCCCAGAACUUUUUAAAGCCAAGGAGUGCACUCCUGGUUGUAUCGCCAACAAGAGAACGUUGGAUUCCCUACAGCUGCAGCUAAUACGCAACUAUGUGAAGGUGUGUUUUCCUCUGGUAAAGAAUAACAACAUUUGGCAGGAUGAAUGCCUAUUACAGAUUAAUAACUUCUUUAACCGCUUCUGGGCUCAGAAGGAUAUGGAGAGUGGGCCACAGUCAUGUGGGAGACAGACUAUUACAGACUUUGGUUUAAAAGCUGAACGGAACCAGCCCUGCCAUUUUAUAAAUGAGGAGGGGCAAGAAGUGCACCUCGAAUUAGACUCCAAUAGUGACCACACCAAAAAUAAAGUAGUAGUGCCAGACCUUGUGUUUGACACUCAGGAGGUUGGAGAGGAUCUUGAUAAACUCUCCUCCCCUGAAGACUUUAUGUUUCUUGUAAACAGAGUUUUCCCAGAGGUUUUUGAGGGGAAAUUCCUAGAGGGUAGUGUGGGAAAGAUGAUCCUGGACUCGGACAGGAUAGAGAUUAUCCGUAAAUACAUGGAAGCUAAUUUUCCUGGCGUCCCAGAGGAUAGUUGGCUGCAUGUGUGUGUGCAGCGCAUAGAAGAUGCAAUAGAGGGUUAUCACAAUAACAGUAAUGGCAGUGAGCCUGAGAACAUGAAUGAUGAGAGCUAUGACUCCACAAGCCUCCCUGAUGAUGUCUCUAUCAUCAAGAUCAGUGAAAUGUGUGACUACGAGAGACCAGGUCGUAGGUCAAAAAAGUCGUUGCUCGUGCCAGUCGAUUUUGAACAACUUGAGAUCCCCCUACCAGAUUUUAGUGUGCCUCAAGAGUAUCUGCUUUCUAGGGAGCAACUGAGGAACAACUAUGACUGUAGUUUGUCAAUUGGGAACUUUGCCUCUCGCCUCUUGGUACUUACAUUCCCUGAGCUCUUCACCUACGAGAACACACGGAAGCAUUACAACUGUAGUGGCUCUCUCGGGAAGAAACAGCUUGACCCUGUGCGGGUCAACCUUAUUCGCCACUAUGUACAGCUACUAUAUCCACAGGCCAAGAAUGACAGAGUGUGGACCCUGGAAUUUGUGGGUAAACUGGACGAGCGGUGCAGGCGACGAGACACGGAACAACGGCGGUCGUACCAGCAGCAACCCAAAGUCUAUGCUCCUGAGUUGGAGCAAGGGCCUGUGGACUUUGUGGCUGCUUGCCAAGUGAACCAGCUUAACACGGAGCACUUGGAGGACUUUGAGAUCCCUCCACUACCCCCUGAAAAAAGUAGCAAAGACUUCUGCAUGAUCCCCCUGGAGGAAUUGACGGUGUCGAUUCCAGACUUCCCUGUGCCUUUGGUCUACUUGCUCUCAGACACUGAGGUACGAGAGAUUGUCCAGCAGAGCCUUUCAGUGGGAAACUUUGCCGCCCGCCUACUGGUGCGCCUCUUCCCUGAGCUCUUCACUCAGGAGAACCUGCGGCUUCAGUAUAACCACUCAGGCGCCUGCAACAAGAAGCAGCUGGAUCCAGUGCGUCUCAGGCUCAUCCGCCACUAUGUAGAAGCCGUGUACCCAGUUGAGAAGAUGGAGGAGGUCUGGCAUUAUGAAUGUGUGCCAAGCAUAGAUGAGCGAUGCCGGCGGCCCAACCGCAAGAAGUGUGACAUACUGAAGAAGGCCAAGAGAUCAAAUACUGUGUCCUAGUAGCAAAGCUAAAGACAAUUUUUAUAUUUUAUUCUAAAUAUUUGCACAAGUACAGAAGCUGAAUAGCAUAGUGGAGCCUUUGCACACUGUUCUGUGUAGGAUAAGGCCAACUUGUAAAGGCUGUUCAUUAGUACUCAAUGUAUUUGUAAUAUUGAACUACAGUAUUAGACAGUUUAGUUUAUCAUCUGCUUGUUUGAGAUUAUAGACUGUAUGUAUACAACAAAACAAGUGUCAUAGCUCAUCUAAUUUACCCUGUAUAUAAGAUGUGUAGCCUUAAAAACAAUAACCAUGUAAAUAUUACAAAGACAGUAGAUCACAGGCAAAGAUGGAUAAAAGUGGUGAUCGUUUUUUUCCAUUUCUUAUGUCGCAUUGUGGCACUACUUGUCUUUUAUAACAAUGUUAUACCUUCUUAUAGAAGUUUGUAUUAUAAAUAUGUAUUAAACCAUGGCAACAGAUCCCAUUAA